ACACACUGCAAGUCGCCGAACCACGCACUCGCCUGGUAACACUCGGGCCCGUGAUGCUGGACCUCAUGCACCCGUUCGACGACUACUACGGCAGGGGCAACCCAUCGCGAGACACGGCGUACUACGACCGCAUGCCUCACCAGUCGCAUGGCUACAACCCGCACCAGCGCGCGCCUCGCAGCACUACCGACCCGUACAGCCACGCGCCUUCUAGCAAUGCGCCUUCGUCCACCGCAGUGCCAAAGAUCACGACCAGCUCUGCGAGCGACGAGUACAUCAUCGCGGCCAGCCCACCCUCCGGGCACGAUCUCCGCGGUGCACAAGCCGUCCUUGUCGGCCCCUUUGAGCUCCAACUCACCGGAGUGGUGCAGCCUAAGGAUGCCGCCUACGAGUACCUGACAAGUGGCCGCACCGGAGUCUACGCCGCUCCGGGCAGGAGGGGACUGCUUGGCGUCGCCCCACCGCGCAGUCUCCUCCGCGGCGAUGCGCCGACCCAGGGCUGGAUUGCGCUAGAGAGCGAGCACGGCUGGGUCCACACAGGAGACGUGCAGCUCUUGUCUCGCCCAGCGCAGCCACGCCACUUCGCGCGCACCGUCGAGCUCCCCGCCGACGCGCUGACGCGCCACGCCUCGAGCCACACGCUCGCAGCGGGUGGGCUCCAGGUGUGCAUCCCACGCCAGGCGGCGCGCGUUGCGAAGAGGCCUGCAUCAAAGGCCGCCCCGCCAAAGGCCCCCCCGACAAAAUCCGCCCCAAAGACGGUGGUGGCAGAAGAAGCCGUCCCUGGCGAUGGCGGGAGGUUGACGGCGGCAGCAAUCCGCAAGCCUGCCGCACCAAAGGCUGCUCCGCCUAAGGCUGCCACGUCCAGGCGCGCGGCGCCCAAGGCGGCGGCAGCAACCACCGAGGCUUCUGCAGAGGCGUCCCACAAGCGCGCCGCUGCUGCCGCAACGUCCAAGCCGCCCGCAGCCGGCAUUGGCCGGCACCUUCCCAUGUCCGAGGCCGGACCCGUCCUGAUGGAGGUGGAGGCGGCCGCCACCAACAUUCAGCUACCUCAGGAGACGAUCCAGCACUGGCGAGCGAGCGCGAGUGGCGGCUUUGUGCCGUGCCACGACGAUUGAGUGGAGGUCGGGCCGUGGUUUUCAUCGUAUCUGACUAGUCAUGGUGAACAAGGACCGUAUAGGGUGGUGUUUAGUUCGUCUCUGUCUGUCGUGCAGCGUGAGUGACUCGCUCGGUCGGACACAGCCUACCUAUUGACUCGUAAAAUUACUUCGUCUCUUCAACAAACAAAA